AUGGCAUCUGCACCAAUCGGCUCCGGCGAACCUGCCCUCCCGCCUGUUGACCUGAAGCCUCUCUUGACCAAGCUCUGGCCCCUCGACAAUGAAGUCACUGCAGACGAGAUUGCCGAGGCAAUCUCCCACUUUUUCACAAACCAGGUCACAGAAGUCCAGACUGCCGCGCUGCUGAUGGCGCUGCACUUCACCAAGAUGGACCUGCGAGCAGACGUCCUCCAAAAGACUGCCGGCGUCAUGCUCAAGGCUGCUGCGCAGCGCCCCGUCGCCGAACUCGCAGCUGUGCUCGCAGAAAGAGGACGGAAAGAAGGUGUUUACAACGGCGGUUUAUGCGACAUCGUUGGAACUGGCGGCGACGGCCACAACACGUUCAAUGUCAGCACCGCGGCAUCUAUCCUGGCCUCCUCGCUCCUCAUGGUGUCCAAGCACGGAAACAUAGCCAGCACCUCCAAAUCCGGCAGCGCGGACAUCAUCAACAACAUGAAGCCCAGAGCCCCUGUCCUGAGCAAUGUGAAGCCCGACACCUUGGUCAGGAUCUACUCGGCCUCCAACUACGGCUUCCUGCUGGCGCCCGGCUUCCACACCGGCAUGCGGUACGUCGCGCCUGUCCGCAAGCAGCUGCCCUUCAGGACAAUCUUCAACAGCCUAGGCCCGCUGGCAAACCCAGUCGAUGACGUCUUGGAGGCGAGGGUCGUCGGCGUCGGAAGGAGCCUUCUGGGGCGUGCUUUUGCCGAGUCGCUGAAAAGCUCUGGUUGCCGCAAGGCCCUGGUCGUCUGCGGAGAGGAGGAACUCGACGAGAUUAGCUGCGCUGGCGGGACGCGCUGCUGGAUGCUCAAAGAGGACGCCAGCGGAGAGAUUGGCAUUGAGCACUUCACCCUGACGCCGGAGGACUUUGGGGCCGAGCGUCAUUCCCUUGACGAGGUGUCGCCGGGCAAGCAGCCGGCCGAGAAUGCCGAGAUCCUGCGUCGCAUCCUCUGCGGAGAGUUGCCAGAGAACGACCCCCUGAUUGACUUCAUCGCCAUAAACGCAGCCGCCCUGUUCGUGGUGGCAGGGGUGUGCGAGGCCGACACCAGCAGCAUGGGCCACGGAGACGACGGCAACGUCAUUCUAGAACGUGGUGUCGCAGGUCAGCGCUGGAAAGAAGGAUACAGGAGGGCCAAAUGGGCCAUCAAGAGCGGUCAGGCCUGGAAACAGUGGCAGGCCUUUGUUCAAGUUACAAACGACAUCAGCUCGUGA